AUGUUGUCGGAUGUCAAUAAAGAGAGGUUGAAAGCAACACUUCUAAUGGAGCAGGUAACAUCGAAAGGUGCUGGCUUAAACCCUAACGCAAAAGUGUGGCAAGAAGUGCCCCAAGGGAGCGGUGAGGCCGUGCCACCAACAAAUGGCGCAGAGCACUCGUGGCAAGAGACAGCGGCUGCACAAGGGACUCACACCGAGGGUAACAUAGAGAUUUCAGAGGAUAGCUGCAAGCAAUAUGAAGUGAUGUAUUCCCCGUCUUGUGAAGCUACAAGAAAUGGCACAGGAGUUGAUGAAGCGUCUGCAAACGGGAUUGUCCUAGCAACUGAAGAUCUUGGAUACCAAAUCUAUGAAGUGUCUGGUGAAGGCAGCUCCACUGUGUCCACAGAAGACAUUAGAGAAUGUUUGAAAAAACAGCUUGAAUUCUGCUUUUCACGUGAGAAUCUUUCAAAGGAUCUCUACUUGAUGUCUCAAAUGGAUAGUGAUCAGUUUGUUCCAAUAUGGACAAUUGCCAACAUGGAAGGUAUUAAGAAACUGACAACUGAUAUGGACCUUAUUCUUGAAGUUUUGAGAUCUUCUCCUAUGGUACAAGUGGAUGAGAGAGGGGAGAAAGUUAGACCAAACCACAAACGAUGUAUUAUCAUUCUCCGUGAGAUCCCCGAAACAACACCUAUAGAGGAGGUUAAGGCUCUGUUUAAAAACGAAAACUGCCCCAAAGUGAUAAGCUGUGAGUUUGCUCACAACAACAACUGGUACGUGACAUUCCAGUCGGAUACGGAUGCGCAACAGGCAUUUAAAUACUUAAGGGAAGAAGUUAAAACCUUUCAAGGCAAGCCAGUCAUGGCAAGGAUAAAAGCCAUCAACACGUUUUUUGCUAAGAAUGGUUACCGAGUAGUGGAUUCCAGUGUCUAUACUCAGCCAGUUCAAACACAAGCACAGUUUGCCUCACCGCUGUUUAUGCAGCCUGUAUAUAGUCCUCAGCAGUACUCUAUUUACAGCAUUGUGCCUCAGACGUGGUCUCCCAAUCCUGCACCUUACUUUGAAACACCACUGGCCCCCUUUCCUAACGGUGGAUUUGUGAAUGGCUUUAAUACACCAGGAUCGUAUAAAACCAAUGCUGCUUCUUUGAGUAUAGGUCGCCCAUUCCAUAGAAAUCGUGUGAAGCCUCAUUUCCGAUCAUCCAACAGCUCGGAACACGCUGCGGAGGGUCCAGCUGCCGUCAGUCCCAUGCCAGUGGGGGAUGGACCACUGAACAGAACCAACUCCAGGAAUUUUGUUAUGGAGCGACAUAACAGCACAUUAACUGGGCACCAAGACCCAGGUUAUUCCCAGAAGGAUUCUCCUACUGCACAGAUGGAGCAGAAUGGCGAUUACGGCAUUGGCAGGGGCAGGAGGAACGUUUUCAGAGGUCGGAGGAGACGAGAAGAUGACCGGGUUUCAAGACCUCAGCCUUUGGCAGAAACAAAGACUCAGACACCAAAGUUUGACUUACUAGCAUCAAAUUUCCCACCUUUGCCUGGCAGCACAGCAAAAAUACCGGGAGAGCCUGUGCUGGAGAGCAGGAUGUCUGAUAUUGUUAAAGGAGUCUGCAAAGAAAAGGAAAGCAAAGAUUUGCUGCCCAGCUGCCCAGCUCCUGCUCAGGAAGAAGAGACACCCAGCACUGUCCAACAGCCUGUGACGAGUGUGAGUUCACCAAGUCAGACUGAAGCUGUGGUGCUAAGCACAGUUCAGCCAGACAGCAAACCGGAGGAAGUGUCUGUUCAGAAAGAUGUUACGAGCCACUCUUCCCCACCGGUGUCUGUGUCUCCUGUCAGUGCUGCAAAGCCACCAAGGACAAAUCCCACUUCACCUUCUACUAGUGCAAGUGCAGCUCCUGCUUUGCUGAUGCAGGAGCCACGCAAGCUAAGUUAUGCUGAAGUUUGCCAGAAGCCCCCAAAGGAGCCUCCUCCAGUUCCUGUUCAGCCUCUUAGGGAACAUCGCACCAACAUAGUUCCCCCUGCCAAAAAUGAAGAAAAUGGCACACCUGAGAAGGCUUCUGAGAAGGCUCAUGACAAGGUUGAAGGUCGAAUGAAGGAUUAUUCUGGGUUCCGAGGCAACGGGCCUCCCAGGGGAGCUGCUGGGAAAAUCAGGGAACAGAGGCGCCAAUUUGGACGCAGAUCAUCGCCUCAGGGAGCACCUCGACGUAUCGGCAAGGAGCAGUACGUGCCACCCCGGUCACCAAAGUAACACUUGUCCAGCCAAUUAUUCUCUAUUUAAUUUGAGCUGUGGACUAAUAAGCAGCAAAGGAGACUGUGAGAAAGAAGUAUUCAUGAAGGGGAAUACUGAACUGGAGCGUGGCUUGUGCGGAGAAGUUGUGGAGGGUCCCAAAAUUCAUCUCUCAAAGUGAUUUCACAAAUGCUGGAGGAUUCCAAUCAAUAUAAAUAUAGAGAUUAUAAUUUUUGUAUUUUUGUUUUUAAUUUGCAGAGGGUUUCCUGCUUGAAAUCAGUUUUGGGGUUGUGAAACUAGCAUUUUGACAAAGUGAAAGAAUAUGAAUUGACAAAUUAACCUGUCCCUCAGUGUAGGAGGAAAAGGAUAAGAGAAUAUUAUUUUUUUGAAAAAAAAAAAAAAAAAAGAGCAUUUCUGUAAAAUUAGAACUUUUUUUAACCUAUUUAACAUUUGGCUUGUCGGAUGAUGUGUCUGCCGUUGAUGACCUUGCAUUGCAGAGCACAUCUGCAGCUGAGGUGCUUGGUCAGCGUGUGAGUGGAAUGAGUGCAGCCAGAUACUGUUGUCAUGACUUAGUCACUGAUGAUAAAACCUGAAUGUACUACUGUAGUAAACUUUUGUGUUUCCAGCUUGGAGUAUAGUCUCUUGACCUUCUUAAUAAUUCAUUCAGCAAGCUU